AAAUAUAAAAUACCGCGAUAACGAACGGCAACUAUAAAAUACUGCGGAAAAUUUAAUACGUGCGUAAAAUCUUUGACCUUUGCCGUAUAGGUACCGAAUUAGGUAGACAACGAGGGAAACGCGAUAAGACCAUUGCGAGUGACAACGAAGCAACGACGAAUGCACGCGCGAGUACCUGCACGGUAAAGCACGCGGACAGCAAGGCGAUUAAAAUAUAAUAAACUACGCCUGUUUUAACAAUGGCUGAAAUAAUGAUAGCACACAAAUACGUUUGCCAAAACUAAAAUAAUACACAUCUGACCCGAAGGACCAAAAAUGUCGACUAGAAUCAAAAAAUACGAAUAAUGAUUUAUUCAUCAUAUUCCGCCGGUCAUAUUAUUUAUCCCGUUUUAGCUGUGGAAACAAAAUAACUAAUGUCGUAAGGCAACAUUUAUGGAGAGGAAUUUGUGGACUAUAUGGAUGGAAAAUGGGGGAAAUUACCUGUAAAGAUGUUGGCAUCAAAAAAGUUGACGGUAUUGGCAACCUUUAGUAAUGGCAACACAACAUGGAUUGAGUAAUAAAUUGGUUUACAUAUAUUGAAGGUUUUGAAGCGUAAUGAACUUAAAACUAAGGUUAGUAAGGACCGCGGUCGGUCAACGGUGUGGCGGACAAUUGGCAUUAUAGAAAUAUAAAAUACAGAUUAAAAAAAAUAGGUCAUAAAACUCAUGACCUGACUUCCCUAGAUUAUAACGAAAUUAGCUAGCACGGAGUUGGUUGGAAACGGCAUUGGUUUGAACGGUUGAGAUGAAACGAUGACCCAGUAUGGCCAAAUGGCUGGAUAAUGGUAUAAAGGUACGGUGAAUUAGUCGCGGCCGCAAGUAACAUAAGCCAAUUGCGCCAGACAGCUGGCAUACACAAACGCGACGAAAAAGCAGCAUGGAGCAACAAAGUUAAAUGUAUUGACGGGACGAAGGUUAGGAUAGCCUGUUCCACGUUGACGCACAACACUAUCAACGAGGCCGACAACACAAAUAAAUCGAGCACGUGACAAGGUGGCCUUAAAUGGCGGUUGCAGGUUGUGGUCGUGUUAACGGAUGGCACGACAGACGUUGGCAUCGAGAAAAAAAAACGAACCGGUAUGUCGGUAGCGACAACGAAUGGCACAAGCACGAGAGCCCGAGACGACACACCGGCAACGCUCGGUCGUGGCUGAGAAUACGGUUGCCGACGGGGCGGCACAGUGCCGGCAGAAAGCUUUGUGGAGACGGCGGGUACGCGGGUACGAUUUUGGGCUGA